CCUCUUCUCCCUCCCUUCGUUCCCCUUCCCCCCACCCUUUUGCUCUUUUGAAACAAUUCAAUGAUGCCUCAGGAUUACUAGCAUACCCUCCUUCAGCCGAGCGCGGGACUCUGCAUUAAUUCAAGAGCAAUGUUCUGUGAUGGUGCCCGAGAUGCGAGGACUGAGCCCAGGCCGAAGGCUGCCCGAGCCCGCCCUGUGCCCGGCUGUGGGAGGGAGCCCUGAGCCUGGGGCUGCUGGCCGGCGUCGCCACGUCCUUGCCCUGCCCGAGGAGGAGGCAUGGCGGCCACAGCAGUGUGCCCUGCUAGAGGCAGAUGCCUCCGACGAGGUGGGCAUGCUGCCUGCCUCCCCACGCUCUGUGGUGGCUGGCUUCGACAACUUUUUCCCAGUGCAGGAGGGCGAGGGCCCGGGCUGGGAGGGCAGCGCCACGCUGGAUGCAGGCUCCAGCACCUUCAUUCCUGUGAGCCCAGAGGUCAUGAAGCGGAGGCGUGGGGGCCUCAUCGAGCAGCGGGACAUCAUCAAGGCCCACGAGGCACACAAGAUGCAGAGCACCCCGCAGGCCCGACGAAAGGAGUGGGAGAUGGCUCGCUUCGGGGAGGCAGUGGUCGUUGGCAGGCCGGGCUCAGGCGAUGGAGACUCGGACCAGAGCAGAAACCGACAAGGAACCCCUGUACCGGCCUCGGGGCCGGCAGCUGCCUACAAGCAGUCGAAAGCGCAGAGGGCGCGGACUAUGGCUUUGUACAACCCCAUUCCUGUCCGGCAGAACUGUUUCACGGUCAACAGAUCCCUGUUCAUCUUCGGAGAAGAUAACAUUGUCAGGAAAUAUGCCAAGAAGCUCAUCGAUUGGCCGCCAUUUGAGUAUAUGAUCCUGGCCACCAUCAUUGCCAACUGCAUCGUCUUGGCCCUGGAGCAGCAUCUUCCUGAGGAUGACAAGACCCCAAUGUCCCGAAGGCUGGAAAAGACAGAACCUUAUUUCAUUGGAAUCUUCUGCUUUGAAGCUGGGAUCAAAAUUGUGGCUCUAGGGUUCAUCUUCCAUAAGGGUUCAUAUCUCCGCAAUGGCUGGAAUGUCAUGGACUUCAUUGUGGUCCUCAGUGGCAUCCUGGCCACUGCAGGAACCCACUUCAACACCCAUGUGGACCUGCGGACCCUCCGGGCUGUGCGCGUCUUGAGGCCCUUAAAGCUCGUGUCAGGAAUACCUAGCCUACAGAUUGUGUUGAAGUCCAUCAUGAAGGCCAUGGUGCCUCUUCUGCAGAUUGGCCUUCUGCUCUUCUUUGCCAUCCUCAUGUUCGCCAUCAUUGGCUUGGAGUUCUACAGUGGCAAGUUACAUCGAGCAUGCUUCAUGAACAAUUCAGGUAUUCUAGAGGGAUUCGAUCCUCCCCACCCAUGUGGUGUGCAGGGCUGCCCAGCUGGUUAUGAAUGUAAGGACUGGAUUGGCCCCAAUGACGGGAUCACCCAGUUUGACAACAUCCUUUUUGCCGUGCUGACUGUCUUCCAAUGCAUCACAAUGGAAGGGUGGACCACUGUGCUGUACAAUACCAAUGAUGCCUUAGGAGCCACCUGGAAUUGGCUGUACUUCAUCCCCCUCAUCAUCAUUGGAUCCUUCUUUGUUCUCAACCUUGUCCUGGGAGUACUGUCAGGGGAAUUUGCCAAAGAAAGAGAGAGAGUGGAGAACCGAAGAGCAUUCAUGAAGCUUCGGCGCCAGCAACAGAUCGAGCGAGAGUUGAAUGGCUACCGUGCCUGGAUAGACAAAGCAGAGGAAGUCAUGCUUGCCGAAGAAAAUAAAAACGCUGGAACAUCAGCCUUGGAAGUGCUUCGAAGGGCAACCAUCAAAAGGAGCCGGACGGAGGCCAUGACCCGAGACUCCAGCGAUGAGCACUGCGUUGAUAUCUCUUCUGUGGGCACGCCUCUUGCCAGAGCCAGUAUCAAGAGCACAAAGGUAGACGGAGCCUCCUAUUUCCGGCACAAGGAACGGCUUCUACGUAUCUCUAUCCGCCACAUGGUCAAAUCCCAAGUGUUUUACUGGAUCGUCCUGAGUGUUGUGGCUCUCAAUACUGCCUGUGUGGCCAUUGUUCAUCACAACCAGCCCCAGUGGCUCACUCACCUCCUCUACUAUGCAGAAUUUUUGUUUCUGGGACUUUUCCUAUUGGAGAUGUCCCUGAAGAUGUAUGGCAUGGGGCCACGCCUUUAUUUUCACUCUUCAUUCAACUGCUUUGAUUUUGGGGUCACAGUGGGCAGCAUCUUUGAGGUGGUCUGGGCAAUCUUCAGACCUGGUACAUCUUUUGGAAUCAGUGUCUUACGAGCUCUCCGGCUCUUAAGGAUAUUUAAAAUAACCAAGUAUUGGGCAUCCCUCCGAAAUCUGGUUGUCUCCUUGAUGAGCUCCAUGAAGUCAAUCAUCAGCUUGCUCUUCCUCCUUUUCCUCUUCAUCGUUGUCUUUGCUCUCCUAGGAAUGCAGCUCUUUGGAGGCAGGUUUAACUUUAAUGAUGGGACUCCUUCGGCUAAUUUUGACACCUUUCCUGCAGCUAUCAUGACAGUGUUCCAGAUCCUGACAGGAGAAGAUUGGAAUGAGGUGAUGUAUAAUGGCAUCCGCUCCCAGGGUGGGGUCAGCUCAGGCAUGUGGUCUGCCAUCUACUUUAUUGUGCUCACCUUGUUUGGAAACUACACACUGCUGAAUGUAUUCUUGGCCAUUGCUGUGGACAAUCUGGCCAAUGCCCAGGAAUUGACCAAGGAUGAGCAAGAGGAGGAAGAAGCCUUCAACCAGAAACACGCACUACAGAAGGCAAAGGAGGUUAGCCCGAUGUCUGCACCCAACAUGCCUUCUAUUGAAAGAGACAGAAGGAGAAGACACCACAUGUCGAUGUGGGAGCCGCGCAGCAGCCACCUGAGGGAGCGGAGGCGCCGGCACCACAUGUCUGUGUGGGAACAACGCACCAGCCAGUUGAGGAGACACAUGCAAAUGUCCAGCCAAGAAGCUCUCAACAAAGAGGAGGCCCCGCCGAUGAACCCCCUCAAUCCACUCAAUCCACUGAGCCCUCUCAACCCACUCAAUGCUCACCCCAGCCUCUAUCGGAGGCCCAGGCCCAUUGAGGGCCUAGCCCUGGGCCUGGGUCUUGAGAAGUGUGAAGAGGAGCGCAUUAGCCGUGGGGGUUCCCUCAAGGGCGAUAUAGGGGGCCUGACCAGUGCCCUGGACAACCAGAGGAGCCCCUUGUCCUUAGGCAAACGGGAGCCACCUUGGCUGCCCAGAUCCUGUCAUGGAAACUGUGAUCCAACCCAGCAGGAGGCUGGGGGAGGAGAGACAGUGGUGACUUUUGAGGACCGGGCCAGGCAUAGGCAGAGCCAGAGGCGCAGCCGCCAUCGCCGUGUCAGGACUGAGGGCAAGGAGUCUGCCUCCGUCUCCCGGAGCAGGUCUGCCAGCCAGGAGCGGAGUCUGGAUGAAGGGGUGUCCAUUGAGGAGGAGAAAGAACACGAGCCUCAGGGUAGCCACAGGAGCAAGGAGCCGACCAUCCAUGAAGAGGAGAGAACCCAGGACUUAAGGAGGACCAACAGUCUGAUGGUACCCAGGGGCUCUGGACUGAUGGGAGCUCUUGAUGAGGCAGAAACUCCUCUCGUCCAACCCCAACCCGAGUUGGAAGUAGGGAAGGAUGCAGCUCUGACGGAGCAGGAGGCUGAAGGCAGCAGUGAGCAAGCCCUGCUUGGAGAUGUUCAGCUGGAUGUGGGCCGGGGCAUUAGCCAGAGUGAACCUGACCUCUCUUGCAUGACAGCCAACAUGGACAAGGCUACCACAGAGAGCACCAGUGUCACAGUUGCCAUCCCCGAUGUUGACCCCUUGGUGGAUUCAACAGUGGUGCACAUUAGCAACAAGACUGAUGGAGAAGCCAGUCCCUUGAAGGAGGCAGAAACCAAAGAGGAAGAAGAAGAGGUGGAGAAGAAGAAGGAGAAGCGAGAGACAGGCAAAGCCAUGGUGCCCCAUAGCUCCAUGUUCAUCUUCAGCACCACUAACCCGAUCCGCAGGGCCUGCCACUAUAUUGUGAACCUACGCUAUUUUGAGAUGUGCAUCCUCCUGGUGAUUGCGGCAAGCAGCAUUGCCCUGGCAGCCGAGGACCCUGUUCUGACCAAUUCGGAGCGCAACAAAGUCCUGAGAUAUUUCGACUAUGUUUUCACAGGCGUGUUUACCUUUGAGAUGGUUAUAAAGAUGAUAGACCAAGGCUUGAUCCUGCAGGAUGGAUCCUACUUCCGAGAUCUCUGGAAUAUCCUGGACUUUGUGGUAGUGGUUGGUGCAUUGGUAGCCUUUGCUCUGGCAACCAACAAGGGGCGGGACAUCAAGACUAUCAAGUCUCUGAGGGUACUCCGAGUUCUGAGACCACUGAAAACCAUCAAGCGCUUACCCAAGCUGAAGGCCGUGUUUGACUGUGUAGUGACCUCCUUGAAGAAUGUCUUCAACAUACUCAUUGUCUACAAGCUCUUCAUGUUCAUCUUUGCCGUCAUCGCCGUUCAGCUAUUCAAGGGAAAGUUCUUUUAUUGUACCGACAGUUCGAAGGACACAGAGAAGGAGUGCAUAGGCAACUAUGUAGAUCAUGAGAAAAACAAGAUGGAGGUAAAGGGCCGGGAAUGGAAGCGUCAUGAAUUCCACUACGACAACAUCAUCUGGGCCCUACUGACCCUCUUCACUGUCUCCACAGGGGAAGGGUGGCCUCAGGUCCUGCAGCAUUCUGUAGAUGUGACAGAGGAAGACAGAGGCCCAAGCCGCAGCAACCGCAUGGAGAUGUCCAUCUUUUAUGUGGUCUACUUUGUGGUGUUCCCUUUCUUCUUCGUCAAUAUCUUCGUGGCUCUCAUCAUCAUCACCUUCCAGGAGCAAGGGGAUAAGAUGAUGGAGGAGUGUAGCCUAGAAAAGAAUGAGCGGGCAUGCAUUGACUUCGCCAUUAGUGCAAAACCCCUCACCCGCUACAUGCCACAGAACAGGCACACCUUCCAGUACCGAGUGUGGCACUUUGUGGUAUCUCCAUCCUUUGAGUAUACCAUCAUGGCCAUGAUCGCCUUGAACACUGUUGUGCUGAUGAUGAAGUACUAUUCUGCUCCUUGCACCUAUGAACUUGCACUAAAGUACCUGAACAUUGCCUUCACCAUGGUGUUUUCCCUGGAAUGUGUCCUAAAGGUCAUCGCUUUUGGCUUCCUGAACUAUUUCCGAGAUACCUGGAACAUCUUUGACUUCAUCACAGUGAUUGGCAGUAUCACAGAAAUUAUCCUGACAGACAGCAAGCUGGUGAACACCAGUGGCUUCAACAUGAGCUUUCUGAAGCUCUUCCGAGCUGCGCGCCUCAUAAAGCUCCUGCGGCAGGGCUACACCAUCCGAAUUUUACUGUGGACCUUUGUGCAGUCCUUUAAGGCUCUUCCCUAUGUCUGCCUUCUGAUUGCCAUGCUUUUCUUCAUCUAUGCCAUUAUUGGGAUGCAGGUAUUUGGAAACAUAAAACUAGAUGAGGAGAGCCACAUCAACCGGCACAACAACUUCCGGAGUUUCUUUGGGUCCCUCAUGCUGCUCUUCAGGAGUGCUACGGGGGAGGCUUGGCAGGAGAUAAUGCUGUCCUGUCUCGGCGAGAAGGGCUGUGAGCCUGAUACCACUGCACCCUCGGGGCAGAACGAGAGUGAGCGCUGUGGCACUGACCUGGCCUACGUUUACUUUGUCUCCUUCAUCUUCUUCUGCUCUUUCCUGAUGCUCAACCUGUUCGUGGCUGUCAUCAUGGACAACUUUGAGUACCUGACUCGAGAUUCCUCUAUCCUGGGGCCUCACCACUUGGAUGAGUUUGUCCGUGUCUGGGCAGAGUAUGACAGAGCAGCAUGCGGCAGGAUCCCGUAUAAGGAUAUGUACAAAUUAGUGCGGGUGAUCUCACCUCCUCUGGGCCUGGGAGAGAACUGCCCCUACAGGGUGGCUUGCAAGAGGUUGGUCCUGAUGAACAUGCCAGUGGCUGAGGACAUGACAGUCCACUUCACUUCCACACUUAUGGCUCUGAUCCGGACAGCUUUGGACAUUAAAAUUGCCAAAGGUGGUGCAGACAGACAGCAGCUAGACUCAGAACUACAAAAAGAAACCCUGGCCAUUUGGCCUCACCUGUCCCAGAAGAUGCUGGAUCUACUUGUGCCCAUGCCCAAAGCCUCUGACCUGACAGUGGGCAAAAUCUAUGCAGCAAUGAUGAUUAUGGACUACUAUAAACAGAGCAAGGUGAAGAAGCAGAGGCAGCAGCUGGAGGAACAGAAAAAUGCACCCAUGUUCCAGCGCAUGGAGCCCUCAUCACUGCCUCAGGAGAUCAUUGCUAAUGCCAAAGCCCUGCCGUAUCUCCAGCAGGACCCUGCUCCAGGCCUGAGUGGUCGGAGUGGAUACCCUUCAAUGAGUCCACUCUCCCCCCAAGAAAUAUUCCAGUUGGCUUGUAUGGAUCCAGCUGAUGAUGGACAAUUCCAGGAACAGCAAUCUCUGGAGCCAGAGGUUAGUGAAUUAAAAAGUGUGCAGUCCUCUAGCCAUGGCAUCUACCUUCCUCCGGACACCCAGAAGCAUGCGGGAUCUGGGAGGGCCUCCUCUAUGCCACGUCUGACUAUGGACCCCCAGGUGGUAACAGACCCUAGCUCUAUGCGACGAUCAUUUUCUACAAUUCGGGAUAAGCGUUCAAAUUCCUCAUGGUUGGAGGAGUUCUCCAUGGAGCGUAGCAGUGAAAAUACCUAUAAGUCACGGCGUAGAAGUUACCAUUCCUCCCUGAGGCUGUCUGCCCACCGCCUGAAUUCUGACUCUGGCCACAAGUCUGACACUCACCGCUCAGGAGGCAGGGAGAGAGGCCGAUCCAAAGAGAGAAAGCACCUACUCUCCCCUGAUGUCUCUCGCUGCAACUCGGAAGAGCGAGGGACCCAGGCUGACUGGGAGUCCCCGGAGCGUCGCCAGUCCAGGUCACCCAGCGAGGGAAGGUCACAGACCCCCAACAGACAGGGCACUGGUUCCCUGAGUGAGAGCUCCAUUCCCUCUAUCUCUGACACCAGCACCCCAAGACGAAGUCGUCGCCAGCUCCCACCUGUGCCACCAAAGCCUCGGCCCCUCCUCUCCUACAGCUCCCUGAUGAGACACACUGGUGGCAUCUCUCCACCUCCUGAUGGAAGUGAGGGAGGUUCCCCACUGGCCUCUCAAGCCCUGGAGAGCAACAGCGCUUGCCUGACCGAGUCUUCCAACUCCUUGCACCCCCAGCGGGACCAGCAUCCUUCCCCACAGCACUACAUCUCCGAGCCCUACCUGGCCCUCCAUGAAGACUCCCACGCCUCAGACUGUGGCGAGGAGGAGACACUCACCUUUGAGGCAGCCGUGGCUACUAGCUUGGGCAGGUCCAACACCAUUGGCUCUGCCCCACCCCUGCGGCACAGCUGGCAGAUGCCUAAUGGGCACUAUCGGCGGCGGAGGCGUGGGGGACCUGGGCCUGGCAUGAUGUGUGGAGCUGUCAGUGACCUCCUGAGUGACACGGAAGAAGACGAUAAGUGCUAGAGGCUGCCAACCCCUCCGAUGCAUGCUCUUCUCUCACAGGGAGAAAACCAAGACCAAAUUGGGAAGCCAGUGCGGCCCGGGGGGGAGGAAGAGGGAGAAGGAAGAUGGAAAAUGGACGCCAUGCAUCCUCGGAGAAGAGGAAGUAAAAGACAGAUGGAAAACCA